UUCAACUCCUUUGCCUCAUUGUCGCGAGAGCAGUAGGAGAAGCAACCCCGGUGUUCCCAAUCUCUCCACUUACGGGAGCAGUUGCUCCUUUGUUGGGCUUAUUUUGCUUAUACCCUUCCCUCAUUUUCCUUGCAUGGCAUGUCAGUGGGCGCCAGACUCCGCUCCGAGAAGCCGCCGGGCCCCGCCCCGUGGAAGCAUCAGCACUGCCAGCGUGCGGCUGGGAAGCGGCCCCGGGUGUCUCCCCCACCACCGCCGGGGUCACGCGGUGGAGCCACGUCGCUCCCUGGUGAGAACAUUAAUGGAGUGGGAGGAGGGCCAUUGCCAUAUCCGGCAUUUGACACACUGUUCUUGCUGCCGCGUGGGAGGUAUCGCAGGUGUACGGCCACGGAUACGCUUCAGGGAGCCGGCGUCGACGACAAGCAAGAAACAGGAUAUAAUGGGCGUCUUCCUCCUCUGGCCACGGACGCCAUUCCCGCUGCAUCCUCCUCCGCUGCCGUCCUCCUGCUUCUGCUACAUGGCGAUGGUGGCCGGCGGCAGCCAGCGUCGGAGAGUGCUGCUCGUGGAAGAUAACGAAGUCAACCGGGUGGUGGUGAGAAGGCUGACGAGGGAGAUGGGCAUGGGACUGGAGGAAGCAGAGAAUGGCAGAGUGGCAGUGGAACUCAUCAGGCAGGGAAGAGCCUACGAUCUCAUCCUCAUGGACAAGGAGAUGCCUGUCGUGGAUGGUCACGAGGCCACCAGGCAGCUCCGAUCACUGGGAGUGACGACUCCCAUCGUAGCGCUCUCCGGGAACACCCUGCAGUCCGACAGGGACUCCUUCCUCGAAGCUGGUGCCGACCAUUUCGAAGCCAAGCCGCUUUCCAGAGGUCAAUUCAUGAAGAUACUGACCAAGUACGGCCUUCACCAGCUUUAGUAGCUCGUCUCUAGCUCUCAUGAAGCCAUUGCCCACUGCAAGGGGCCAUUUUGAGGCUUCUCUCGUCAAUAAUUACAUCUAGUUUUUGCUUUUGUCCUCUUUUCAGUUAGACACAAAAAAAAAAAAAAAAACAAAAAUAAUUAAUCGGAUUCAAGUCGAUGCAAUUAAUUCGAAGUCAGAGAUGAAGUAUGUUGUUUUUUG